GGAGCCAAUCAGGAGGCGGCGGGGUCGUGAGGGGGCUGGACCAGCACCGCCCGGGGAGAGCGGCCUAUCCGAGGCCGGUCCUGGCCCUGGACUGCCUCAGAGAUCGAGUUGUCGACCUCCUCCCUCUCCCGGGUCGAGGUAAAAAUGAGCUCUUUUGUGAGAAGAAAAGGAAAACCAAACAAAGGAGGUGGAAGAGGUGGUGGAAAAGGUGGAGGAGGAGGAGGACGAGGUGGCAGGAGUCAUGCUAAUAAAUCUCAAGCCAGUGGCAGUAGAAAAGGCUCAAGUAAAAUUUGGGAUGAUGGAGAUGAUUUUUGUGUCUUCGGUGAAUCAGGCAUUUCAUCCAGGCCUAGCAGCAGCACUAGCAAGGGAGGAGCUCAACCAAAACGGAGGCCUGAAACCAGAGUGCCCUUACAGACUCUCCAUAUGACUUCCGAGAAUCAGGAGAAAGUCAAAGCUCUUCUUCGAGAACUCCAAGGACAGGAGCCGGAGGCUGGAUUCGAAGGAGGUGCUUCUGGGGAAGAUGAAGAAGCCGAUUAUUGUGAUGAUGAGCAGUACUGGUCUGCCAGUCAGGAGGCUUCCCUUGUUUGUAACCAGGCCCCUGUGGAACAUGCUGCCUCUGCACUUGUGAAGCAUCACAUUCCUGAAUUUGAGGUAUCUCCAUUUGCAGUCCAGAAACUCUCCAGGUAUGGUUUUAAUACUGAAUAUUGCCAGGCAGCCUUGAAGUCCUGUGACGGUGAUGUUGGGGCCUCCCUGGAACAUUUGCUCUCUCAGUGCUUUUCAGAAAGAUACGCAGAGAGGAUAGAGAUCUCUGCAGCAGCAUCCUGUGUCAGUCGGGAAGAAUGUAUGGAACAAAGGCAAGAAGAGGCCUUUGCUCUCCGGUCAAUCUGUGGAGAAAAAUUUGUAGAAAGAAUUCAGAACAGAGUCUGGACAAUUGGAUUGGAGCUGGAGCACCUAACAAAUAGACUCUGCAAAUCCAAACAGAAGAAAAGUGCCAAAAAUGUACAGACUUCACGUGAAAUCUGUCAAUUCUAUCUCCAAGGAAAUUGUCGAUUUGGAUCAAAAUGCAAAUUUAGGCAUGAAAAUCCCUCAAGACAACUUUCAAGAAAAGCAGAUCGAUCCAUAGAUGAUUCUCAUCUUAGAUCUAAUGGAGAUGUCUCUUUUUUAUAUGAACUUGAAAUUAGAUUUUCUGAAGGUAGCAAAUACCCCUUCCAAGCACCUCUGGUGGCAUUUUACUCCACCAAUGACAAUCUACCUCUGGCUUGUCGUUUACACAUUUCUGAGUUUCUUUACGGGAAGGCCUUGACAUUUGCUGAGACUGCUGAACCUGUAGUAUAUUCUUUGAUAACCCUUUUGGAGGAUGACAAAGAAAUUGCCGAGUUAUUAACAAAUACCUAUCACAAGUAUAGUGUUCCUCCAGUAAACUUGUUGCCAAUUCCCUCUGUGAACAGAACAAAUUAUACUGCCAGCCGUAAACCAGUGGUUCCAAAUAGUUCCUAUGUUUCCAGUCUUGUGCCAGAAGUCAAGAAAGAACCAGAACUGGAGGAGGAGGAAGAUGAAGAUGAAGGUCUUACACCAGUUAUCGUAGAGAAAGAAAGCUAUGUCAACCUCAAGAAAAAGAUAUCCAGGAGAUAUGAUUGGCAGGCUAAGUCUAUAUAUGCUGAAAAUGCUAAGAUUUGCAAGCAGUUUCAAAUAAAAAAGGCUUCCAGACAAUACCAGUCAAUUCUGCAAGAGAGGCGAUCACUCCCUGCCUGGGAAGAAAGAGAAACCAUUCUUGAUUUGCUGAGCAAGCACCAAGUACUUGUCGUGAGUGGUAUGACUGGAUGUGGGAAAACUACACAGAUCCCUCAGUUUAUUCUGGAUGAUACUCUGCAUGGGCGGCCUGAGAAGGUGGCAAACAUCAUCUGUACCCAGCCUCGACGGAUCUCCGCUAUUUCCGUCGCAGAACGUGUGGCUAAAGAGAGAGCGGAAAAGAUAGGUCUUACUGUGGGAUACCAGAUCCGCUUAGAGAGUGUCAAGUCCUCAGCUACCAGACUGUUGUACUGCACUGCAGGAGUGCUGCUGAGAAGGCUGGAAGGAGACACAGCUCUCCAGGGAGUCACUCAUGUUAUUGUUGAUGAAGUUCAUGAGAGAACAGAAGAAAGUGAUUUCUUGCUGCUAGUUUUGAAGGACGUUAUGUUGCGGAAUCCAGAUCUUCGUGUUGUUCUGAUGAGUGCCACUUUGAAUGCUGAGCUUUUCUCAGAAUACUUUAAUUUCUGCCCAGUUAUUAAUAUACCAGGCCGGACAUUUCCUGUUGAUCAGUUUUUUCUGGAAGAUGCAAUUGCUAUGACUAAGUAUGUGAUUGAGGAUGGUAGCCCAUAUAUGCGUUCCACGAAGCUAAGUUCAGAGGAAAGAAAAGCAAGACGCAACCGGACUGCAUUUGAAGAAGUAGAGGAGGACCUGAGACGUUCCCUGCAUUUCUUGGAUGAGAGCUCUGUCAAGGAUUCAGUGCCAGAUCAACAACUAAAUUUUAAGCAGCUUACAGCCCGCUAUCCAGGGUUUAGCAAAUCUGUAAUCAAAACAAUGUCAGUCAUGGAUCUAGACAAGGUUAACCUUGAAUUAAUAGAAGCCUUACUAGAAUGGAUUGUCGAUGGAAUGCACUCAUACCCACCAGGUGCUGUAUUAGUAUUUUUACCAGGACUAGCAGAAAUUAAAAUGCUUUAUGAACAGCUACAGUCUAAUCCUCUCUUCAACAACAGACGUAGUAAGCGGUGUAUCAUUCUUCCACUUCACUCAUCUUUGUCCAGUGAAGAACAGCAGGUUGUGUUUGUUAAGCCUCCUGUAGGAGUAACCAAGAUCAUCAUUUCCACCAACAUUGCAGAGACAUCUAUUACCAUCGAUGAUGUUGUUUAUGUAAUUGAUUCUGGGAAAAUGAAAGAAAAGAGGUAUGAUCCAAGCAAAGGGAUGGAAAGUCUAGAGGAUACUUUUGUGUCUCGAGCUAACGCUCUGCAGAGAAAAGGCCGAGCGGGGCGUGUUGCCUCUGGAGUCUGCUUCCAUUUAUUCAGUAGUCAUCACUACAAUCAUCAACUUCUAAAACAGCAGCUGCCAGAAAUACAGAGAGUGCCAUUGGAGCAGCUGUGUCUCAGAAUUAAAAUUUUGGAGAUGUUUACUGAUCACAGCCUUCAGUCCGUGUUCUCCCAACUUAUUGAACCACCUCGAAUUGAGUCUCUCCGGGCCUCUAAAGUUCGACUUCAAGACUUGGGAGCUUUAACUCCAGAUGAAAAGUUGACCCCCCUGGGUUAUCAUUUGGCUUCUUUACCUGUGGAUGUGAGAAUUGGCAAGCUCAUGCUGUUUGGUGCCAUCUUCCGUUGCCUGGAUCCUGCCUUAACAAUUGCAGCUAGUUUGGCCUUUAAGUCCCCUUUUGUGUCUCCUUGGGAUAAAAGGGAAGAAGCAAAUCAGAAAAAGCUGGAAUUUGCAUUAGCAAACAGUGAUUAUCUGGCCCUUCUUCAGGCAUAUAAGGGUUGGAGGCUUUGCACCAAAGAAGGCACUCGUGCAAGUUAUAACUACUGCAGAGAGAACUUUCUCUCAGGAAGAGUUCUGCAGGAAAUCGCCAGCCUUAAACGGCAGUUCACUGAAUUGUUAUCAGAUAUAGGGUUUGUGAAGGAAGGAUUGAGAGCAAGAGAUAUUGAGAAGAGAUGGUCCCAGGGUGGAGAUGGUGUAUUGGAUGCCACAGGAGAGGAGGCAAACUCAAAUGCUGAGAAUACCAAGGUGAUAUCAGCAAUCUUAUGUGCUGCUCUGUAUCCAAAUGUAGUCCAGGUGAAAACUCCAGAAGGGAAAUAUCAAAAGACCAGUAGAGGAGCUGUUAGAAUGCAACCCAAAGUGGAGGAGUUGAAGUUUGUCACCAAGAAUGAUGGUUAUGUCCACAUUCACCCUUCUUCGGUGAACUAUCAGGGCUGCAUGUUACAGAUGAGACACUUCGAUAGCCCCUACCUGGUGUACCAUGAGAAGAUCAAGACCAGCAGAGUGUUCAUCCGAGACUGUAGCAUGGUAUCUGUGUACCCACUGCUCUUGUUCGGUGGAGGCCAGGUGAAUGUGCGGCUACAAAGGGGAGAAUUUAUUGUCUCCCUGGAUGAUGGUUGGAUUCGCUUUGCAGCUGCCUCCCAUCAGGUGGCAGAAUUGGUUAAGGAACUUCGUUGUGAACUUGACCAGCUACUCCAAGAUAAAAUCAAGAACCCCAGCAUGGAUCUCAGCACUUGCCCAAGAGGAUCACGGAUUAUCAGCAUGAUUGUAAAGCUUGUUACCACCCAGUAAGAUGGCCUUGGUGGUGGAAUGCUUUCCUCUCACCUAUUUAUAAUUCUCCUAGGAAAUAACAGUACCUCUUCCUUUGGAAUUAUUUGAUGGUGGUUUUAGCCUUGGUAAUGGCACCCAUUGUUUACAAAUACUGAAUCAGCAAAGUUGUACCUUUCUGAAGAGUUUCCAGGAUAUAUUGAGGUACUUGGACCAAAAGUAUGGACAGGCCCAGCAUAACUUGGGGAAGGUGAUAAUGAUGAGAUACCCUAUAACCAGUUUUGCCUAUUUUCUUUUUCUAUGACAGCUAUAACGAAUGAGAUUCGCCUGGCAACACAAACUCAAUUUUAAUAUAUUCUUACUUUUAGUUUGUUAUUUUUUUUUCCAACAUAGCCCUUCUGAUUGUCAUGAGCCCUGGUGAAAGUACCUGUUGCUUAUUUCCCGGGCAAAGGUCCUGUUGACAAAAUAGCUAGAACAGGCCUGCACAACCUGUAGCCUGCCAAAGGAUUUCAGGCAGCCCAUGAAAAAUGUAUAGGAAAAACAUCCAGGAAGCGGCCCAUGGGCCACAGAUUGUGUGCAGGCCUGAGUUAGGAUGAAGAGCAGUACAAAUCAUGAGAGCAGGGAAUAUAGAAGACCCAUUUUGAGCCACUCAAAAUUGUGGAUUUUUGAUUUAUGGAGUAUUUUUUUGCUCAUUAAAGGCCAGUUUAGGAAACAAUGCUGAUGAGAAUGAAUUAUAUGCUGAAAUAUAUAUGAGCUGGUCUAGUCAUUUACCACUCACUAUUCUUGGAAGCUAGAAAAAAAAAUGGCUGCCUUCCUGUGUGGCUGUUCCCCAAAAUGGUAUCUUUAUCUCUCCAUUUAGAAAUUUUUAUUGGUUUUUUUUAAAAAUUGUCUUCAGCUCAGCUUCAUAUAAUAAAAGCCCAUUUUCACACAUGAAGUAGAAUUGGCAGUAAUCAAUAAGGCAGAACUGAUAUAUUUUAAAUAGAAAAGAUUGUAUGUUCAUAUCGGAGCAGUCUAGUAUUUAAUGUCUGUAAACCACUGCUUAUUUUAAUGAUGCAUUAACAUUUGGGAAAGUAGAGAGAUUUAUAUCCCAAACUAUUUAUCAGAAAAGUGGCUGUAACAAUCAAAUGGCUGAGUGGAAGAAACACAUAUUUACAUUUUUCUAUGCAUCAGCUAGUAAAGCAUUGUAAUCCUUUCAAACUUUAUCAGUGUUCUCUGGAAACUUACCAGCUAGCCACACUAAUGGUGGUAGAUGAUUUUCAUGGUAUCAUUUUUACUUACCUUUAUAGGAAACUUCCCAGGUUUAUCCACAGUGAUCAUUACCAACAUGUUUGCAAUCAUAUCUUAUCAAAAAGUGUUUAAACUUUAGGGGGAAAUUUGAAUGGCUUAAGUCGCCAUAUAAAAAGAACAAGUAAUUUCAUGCAAUUCAUUUAAAUAAAAACAAAGAUAUUUCCAUGUCUAGUAAUGUAGCACCUAAGUUAUAGUUUGUGCUUCCUCUUGAACUAAGUAUCAAAAUAAGGAAACUGCUAGAUUGACACAUUUAGGAGAAAUGACCAAGGAUACUUAAUUACUUCUUUAAACCAUUGGCACAAGGAAGCUGGCACUGCCAUUGUUAACAGUGUAUGUAUGUGGGCCUUCUGUCCUUGGCACUAUUGUUGUAAUACUUAUCACAGGUAUUUAGUAGAUAGCUGGCAACAAGUAUUGCUAUGUGACUUGAGGAAUUUUAUUAAGUUGAGUGAUGUCUUUUGUAAGCAUGAAAUCUUAAGGCUAAACAUAAAAAUCAUGAUAUAAGAAACAUAGGAACACUUACAAAUGAAUACUAGAAUAUCAUGUGCUACUUCAAGGUGAAAUUGUGAUUUUUUUUUUAAACACCAACAAGACAGGCAGUUGGUAUUUAGUAUGGUUUUAAGGAGUGCUUGCUAAAUGGUUUAUUAAAAUCAGAUAUUUAUUUUACUAUUAUUGGAAUCUAGCUAAAAACAAUAAAGUAUUUGUCACUAAUUAGUACACCCUGAUGUUUGUGCCAAGCAUAUUAUACAGACAGCUCAUGGGAAAGUUUCAAUAUGGCUGAAAACUCUCACGGAUGUAGUUAUGGGACAUGGGGUGUUAAUAAUGUGGUAUCGUCAUCUUUCUGCUCCUGUUCCAUAUCUGUUUGGAGGCAAAAGGAAAAGCAAAGAAAGGAUGGGACUGUUGCUCUUUUGCUUUUGUUUUCUCCAUCAUGGAAGAUGAUCUUCGGGCUGAGGAGUAUUAAAAAAGGAUCAACAGCAAAUUGAAAUUCUAAAUGUACUGAAGAUGUGGGAAGAGAUUUCCGAGAUGACAGAUCUCUGAGCGAGUACAUGAAGUUUUCAAACAGACUUUCGGGGAGAAGAUUACCAUGACUACUUGGGACAGACCAUUGGAACUUCCUUUUAACAUUGGAAAAAGUUGAAAUAUUGAAGAUCAGAUCCCUACAACUUAGUGCAAUUGUAUAUUUUGUAAUUCGUAAUUUUCAUGUGGAAUAAAGUCAGUGUUUCCUAAUUGGCA